AUUGUUGAGACAUAAUUUGGAUGUGAUGCAUAUAGAGAAAAACAUCAGUGAAAGUGUGAUAGGGACGUUAUUAGAUAUUGAAGGAAAACCAAAGGACACAUUAAAAUCUCGAUUGGAUUUACAAGAGUUGAAAAUUAAAAAACCCCUUCAUACAAUAAAAAAUGAGAAUAAAUACAUACUUCCUCCAGCAAGCUAUACAAUGUCUAAAACCGAGAAGAUUCAAUUUUGCCAGCUAAUCAAAGAAGUCAAGUUUCCUGAUGCUUAUGCUUCUAACAUUAGUCGUUGUGUCAAUGUUAAGGAAGCAAGAAUUUUUGGACUUAAAAGUCAUGAUCACCAUGUUCUUUUUCAACGUAUUUUUCCACCUAUAAUCAAGGGGAUUUUGCCAAAGGAUGCAUAUGAUCCAUUAGUUGAACUAUCAUUAUUCUUUAGCGAUUUGUGCGCUAAAGAGUUGCAUGUGGAAAAGUUAGAUCAACUAGAUAAAAGUAUACGGAUGACAAUUUGUAAAUUAGAGCGUGUGUUUUUGCCAACAUUCUUUGAUGUUAUGGUUCAUUUGGCAAUACAUUUGGCAAUGGAGGCAAAAUUGGGUGGUCCCGUUCAAUUUCGAUGGAUGUAUUACAUUGAAAGAUUUUUGCGCACCUUGAAAAGUUAUGUACGAAAUAAAGCCCACCCAGAAGGAUCAAUUGCUGAGGGAUAUCUUGCUGAGGAAUGCAUGACAUUUUGUUCCAAAUAUUUGACUGAUAUGGAGACAAAGCAAAAUCGUCCAGAUAGAAAUUUUGAUUCUUCAAAUAUAGAACCCAAUGGCUUAUCCAUAUUUAAUUGUCGUGGUAAGCCAUUAGCAGGGGGUGCUUGGAUAAACUUGAGCACUCAUGAAAUCAAUCAAGCUCAUUUUUACAUCCUCCAAAAUUGUGAGAAAGUCAGACCUUGGAUGGAGCAACACUUAGAAAUAUUAAGGAAGGAGAAUAAUAGAAAUGUUUCAAGAGGCACAAGGAGGAAUUCCCUUUGUGGUUUGAGAAAAAGGUGGUAGAGUUAAAAGAAAAUGGUAAUGGCCGAAUUACCAAUGGAUUACUAGCUUUGGCAAGACGUCCAGACCCUCGUGCUUAUUGCCAUAGUGGAUAUAUCAUGAAUGGGUUUAGGUUUCGAACAAUGGAAUCUGAGGUAGGUUUGAAAACUCAAAAUAGUGGUGUAGUUGUGAAGAGUGAUGAACAUACAGAAAAUGUUGAUUAUUAUGGAAAGAUAAGAAAGAUUUUAGAGAUCCAAUAUUUGGACAAUAAUUCAGUCAUAUUAUUCCAAUGUGAUUGGUUUGAUGUUCCUACUCAAGGUCGUAGUCAAAGUAGAGGUUAUAAAAGGGAUGAAUAUGGAUU